AUGAAGAACUGGCCUAUUGCCACCCUCAAUCCUAAUAAUCUCAGGAAGAUAUCGAGUACAUGGAGCGCCAAGGGAAGAAGUGGUUCUCCUCCGCCUAUGCUUGAAGCGGGAGACUCUGGCAGCGCCAAGAUGCCCGAGGAGAACAUCGUCGUAACGACUCAGAAUGAUCUCCUCCACGGCGUUGGUUCGCAAUUUGCCACCAUUGAUGACUCGAUCAAAAACAAGGGCAUCCACCCAAAACUCUGA